AUGGCUACUUUUAAAGGUGCUGCCAGGGAAGCUCAAAGGGCUGCUCUGUUAAUGAAGCAGCGUGAAAAAGAACGUCAGGAGCUGGAACUCCAGAAGAAGAAACUUGAGGCGGAAAUGCGAGUCGGGGAAAUGUCGACAAAGUUUGCCGUACAUUAUGAUGCAAUUGAACACCAAUUGAAGACCAAUACAGUAUCCCCAACUUCUGUUGCCAAUACCUAUGAGUUGACGGAAAAAACUGAAGAACAGCUGGAACCUGAGGAACUCACACCUGUUGCUGAUGAGGAUGUAGCUAAAACUGAGAGUGAGAACCAUGCUAAACGUAGACGUCUGGGGAAAAAUCCAACAGUUGAUACUAGUUUCCUUCCCGAUAUUGACAGGGACGAAGAGGAAAAGCGUUUGAGGGAAGAACUACGAAGAGAAUGGGUAGCAAAGCAGGCUGCUAUUAAAGAGGAGGAAAUACUUAUCACAUACAGCUACUGGGAUGGAUCUGGACAUCGCAAACAAGUUCGAAUGAAGAAGGGUCACUCAGUGCAUUUGUUUUUACAUCGCUGUCUAGAACAACUUCGUAAAGACUUUUCUGAAUUAAAAUCUGCUAGUGCAGAUCAAAUGAUGUAUAUUAAAGAAGAUUUGAUCAUUCCUCAUCAUUAUACAUUUUACGAUUUUAUUGUAACCAAAGCUCGUGGUAAAUCUGGACCCCUAUUCUGCUUCGAUGUUCACGAUGAUGUUCGUCUUCGAAUGGAUGCAAAUGUGGAGAAAGAGGAGUCACAUGCUGGGAAAGUGUGUCUGCGUAGCUGGUACGAGCGUAACAAACACAUAUUUCCCGCUAGUCGAUGGGAGCCCUAUGAUCCUGCUAAGAAUUGGGAUCAGUACACAAUAUCAGAUAAGAUGUCCGCAAAAAUCACUAUCAAGUGA